UGCCAUAUCAGCUACGGGAUGGGGGUCAGAUGCUGAUAAUGCUGGGCUGAUUUGAUGUGCCGUUACUUUGUGUGUAACGAAAGUUUGUGAGAGCGCGAUCCAAAUGGAUAUUCCAGGAAGGUUGGGCGGCCUAUCCAAGUCUUGCAACACCCGGGAUACGGGCGACACGGAGCUCGGCGAAAUGAAAGUCGUGGCAGGGGUCGUACCGGUCGUCGAGGAUGUGCCCUGCCACAGCGGUGCCUGCAAGAGCGCCGUCACCAAGAUCUGGCCGGAUCACCGGCUCGAGAGUCCCUGGCACUACCUGAAGACGCUCUUUCUCAUCUCCAUGAUCGUCGCCCUCGUCGUCUGGAUCCUCAUCUACGUACUGCUCAGUCAGUACGAGCUUCUAUGAUGAUGUCUACGAUGAGGAGUCGAGCACCGCCGAAUAUCGACCUUAACUGCGAGCCUUAACGUCGCUGCUGCGUUCGUCGAGA